AUCGGAUAUGGUCUAACACAGGAACUCGGUACUACAGAAGGAGCAGCAGCGUUUUGUCAGCUGCGUCAACUACAUAAGAAGAUAACAACAGCUUAAUUUUGGGCUGUUAAUAAGCAGCGGCAAACUUUAACAUGGCUGAAGCGAGGACUUUAUUUUUAUGGCACAAAGUUGACAAACUUUAACAACAAGACUCAAAACGCGUUUUCCGUAGCCGUCUAUGACGAGCCUCAUGAAAGCAAGAGCCUUAUUGUCCUAGCUUGCUGGUGUUGGCUAACGUUAGUUAGCUAUUUGUUUGUUGAGUUGCCCACAUGGCUACCAGAGAGACAUGUCAGCGGCAAACUUACCGGCGGCCGGCUGCCAGCAUAAAGCAGGAGCAAGAUGACGACUCGGAUGUGGAGGAGACUCACAUGGGGUUACGGAGGGCAGACGGGCUGGAGUCCCAGAUCAUCCACAGUGGACACUUCAUGGUGUCGUCGCCGCAUAUCGAGCACCCCCCGAAGAAGGGUUACGACUUCGACACUGUCAACAAACAGACCUGUCAGACCUAUCAUUUUGGCAAGACGAGCACGUCGCACCUCUCCAUAGAUGCCUCUUUGACUAAGCUUUUUGAGUGCAUGACCCUUGCAUAUAGCGGUAAGUUGGUGUCUCCUAAAUGGAAGAACUUUAAAGGUCUAAAGCUGCUGUGGAGAGACAAGAUCCGGCUGAACAACGCCAUAUGGAGAGCCUGGUACAUGCAGUAUGUGGAAAAAAGGGGAAAUCCCGUUUGUCACUUUGUAACCCCGCUAGAUGGAAACAUAGAUUUGGACGUCCAUCGCCCUGCAGAGGCUAUUGCUUCAGAUGGGAAAAACUGGAAAAGAAGAAUUGAAAUUGUUAUAAGAGAAUAUCACAAAUGGAGAACAUACUUCAAAAAAAGGCUACAGAAACACAAAGAUGAUGACCUUUCCAGCUUACUUAAGGUGCCAGAGGAGCAGUUAUCGCUGUUUGGGGAAGUCUUUCCAGACAUACUCCGUACUUCCUUUUAUCAGGAUGAAGAGGCUGCCGUGCGUCGAAUGAGUCGCAGGCAUAUGGAAACGCCUGCGCCCAUGGAGAUGGACACCCUCUUUGACAUGGACAUUCUGAUGUCCGAGUUCUCAGACACGUUGUUUUCCACACUGACCUCACACCAGCCUUUGGGCUUGCCCAAUCCAAGGGAAAUUGCUCAUGCAGGGAAUGCAGACAUGAUCCAACCUGGACUUAUCCCCUUACAGCCCAACCUGGACUUCAUGGACUCCUUCGAUCCACUGCAAGGUUGCGACUUAUUUCACAGCCUCCGUCAGCCUGUCCUUCCCUCUGUUUCCCCCACUGCAACAUCUGUCACCCCUCAACCCAGCAGCAGCUCCCAGUCUCAGGCCCCGUUAAUGUCGACUUUGCAGCUUUCACCCAACCAGAUUACGCCUGCAUGCUCGCUGUCCAUCCACAGCCAGACCAGUCCGACAGGCGGUGGCGGCGGCGGCGGAGGAGGAGGAGCCUACGUACAGACCUACAUGCCUCUGUUCGCCGGGCAGGUGGUCUCCAGCAGUCAGUCCACAGCUCCUCUCAACCCUCUGGUACCCUGCCUCCCGGGUCAGAACUUACCCUCCGCACCAGCCAUGAUUUCCUCACCUUUAAACAGCGGCUCAGAGCUGGAUGAAACUGUAGCCCCCUCUGUCGCAACGCACACAGCGCCCUCCCCCGUCACCCCGAGCAACACAGCCAGCACCGACAGCCACGUCUCGGCUCCUCCAUCCCAACUCCAGCUCCUCGCGCCGCUACCUGCCACGCCCAUCAAGAAUCCUCUGGCCUUUGCUCUGCCUCGCCCCUUCCAGUCCAACAGCUCCGGCAAAGUCCGUCCUGUGCCGAGGAUCGCGCCGGCAAACGCACUCCCUUCUUCCCAGUUCAUCCUCCCAGCCCCUUUUCCAGGUCAUGCUAAUGCUGUGAUUGUUACGUCUCCACCCUCCACCGGUGUGGUUAUCCCCCCUUCCCACCUUGGAGCGAGCCCUGGGUUUCAGGUUCUCCCUCACAACCAGAAGUCGCAGCAACCUGCCGUCCCUGAAGACAAGUCUUGCUUCAGGAAAAACCAGAAAGAGCCCUCAAGUGUCGGUCAUAGUCAGACCGGAUCCAGUCAAGGGUCACCUUGUGGUUUGGAUCAGGUUCCCAGUCCUCAAUCUAUAAUCGGCGGCAGCAGCAAACCUCUGAUAAAGAGUGAGCACAAUCAGAGCCGUCACAUAUCUGCUGAACAAAAGAGACGAUCAAAUAUCAACAUUGGCUUUAAGACACUCGGCAACCUUGUUCCCACUCUGAAGUCACAAUCGAACAUUACAAAUGCAGUCACUCUACAGAAGACAGUGGAGCACAUUGGGAAGCUCCAGCAGGAGCGGCAGCAGCUGCAGGACGAGGUCAAGAGGCUACGAGAGGAAAUAGAGGAGCUCAAUGCUUCCAUUAGCUUGUGUCAGGAGCAGCUGCCUGCGACCGGCGUGCCGAUGAGGAAAAACCGCUCUGAUCUCAUGCAGGACAAGUUCAAUGAAUAUGUGAAGAACCGCACUCUGCAGAACUGGAAGUUCUGGAUUUUCAGCAUCAUCAUCAAACCACUGUUUGAGUCGUUCAGUGGAAUGGUUUCAACGACGAGCAGAGAAGAGCUCUGUCACACCACGCUGCAGUGGCUCGACAAUCACUGCUCCCUUCCUGUCCUCAGACCCAUGGUGCUGAGUACACUCCGUCAGCUGUGCACUACCACGUCCAUCCUGACCGAUCCCUCCCUGCUUCCUGCUGAAGCCCUUGAGGCUGCCUCUAGCAAAGACGUGUAGCCGACCUCUCAGGAGUGGACGCAACCCAAAAGCCAUUUGAACAUUUUUCAGCAUCAAAACUGUUUUCCUGCAAUAUCCAGGAAGCUCGCUGUGUCUUCCAAGCACUCGCAAGUUCCCAGACGAAUCGGUGAAACAAGAACUGUAACAUGGGACGGGAUUACUGUUACUCUGAAUGUAACAGCUUUACAUUUGGUCUGCUGCAUAAUGCAGCAGACUGCCUGAUGCAGUAGAUGCCACCUUCACCUGCAGAGAAGUGUUUAGAUAAUCUCCGCACAAGUGAUUGCAGAGAUUGUCUAAACACUUCAUUGGAAACUGGUACUUGUAUUUUCAUUUUACAUCAUAGAGUUGUUUUCUGAUGCAAAGACGCAUAUUAAGAAAGGGAAACUGUGAUUUUUUUUUUUUUU